AUGAUGUAUUUCAAGGCUACUAGUAACCAGCUGAGCUUAAGUGGAAGAAUCGAAUCUGGAGAAGUAGACGCAGGUGAUAAGGUAUACAUAAUGCCGAAUGCGGAUGCCGCCGUGGUUAAAGCAUGUUCCAACGAUAACGGUGGAUAUGUGGACAGUUGUGUGGCUGGCGAUCAAGCUAUUCUGACUUUGAACGGCGCCUUUGAACCGGACACCAUUCACGCAGGACACGUGAUCGUGCGUGGUGGGCAGGAUGCUCUUAUGCCAUGCAACCGUUUCGUUGCACGCAUCGUUGUCUUUGAUAUAGUUGUGCCAAUCAUGAAAGGAACAAAGGGCGAAUUAUACUGUCAUUCACUUUGCGAGCCGUGCACAGUGGUCAAGUUGAUCUCAUCUAUCAACAAGACGAAUGGUGAAGUGAUCAAGGAGCGACCAAGAUGCCUAGCAAAGCAGAUGAGUGGAUUGGUGGAGAUCGAAACGGAGCGGGAAGUAGCGAUUGAUACGUACACGAGUUGCAAAGCGCUUGGUCGAAUCACUGUCCGUGCCGGUGGCCAAACGAUUGCAGCUGGAAUUGUAGAACGGAAGCUGAGUUAA